AUCUGUGGACUAUUAAAUAGGGUUUUCAUUUGCUGUAUAAAUGAUAUUAAGCCCAAGAAAAAGGCCAUAAGCCCAAUUUUUUGUUAACCUAUAAGUGGGUUUUUGGCUUAUGCACAAUAUAUGAAGCCUACAAACAUACUAAUAAAUAACCCUAAGCAUCAAAACACUUGUUUUUAUCUUUUCAUCUUCUCUCCUCUACUCGACGAGAAGCACAACUCCACUAAUAACAGAUCCACGUUCAUGGUGGUUACAACAAUUCUCAUCUUCUAUAUAAAUUUUCUUCAACUUUCUCUAAACACAAUAAAACACACCUCAAAACCUCUUCUAUUUUGUUACCCAAAAAAAAAUCUCUUCUAUUUUCAAUUACCAAUGCACCACCAGAUCAAACACAAAAACCUCUUUCAAUUUCAGAAACCUAAAUCCCGUUGAAAACAACAAUUAUCUUAGGAGAUUGAAAAUGCCUCUCGAUUUUACUUCUCUCUCAAAUCUAAAUUCUUUAAAAAAAGAAUGGAAGAUCAGAGUUCUAAUAGCCAGGACAUGGAAUUUUUAUCCAAAAGACAAACCUGGAGUUAUUUUGGGCAUUGAAGCAAUUCUCGUGGAUGCAAAGCCGUGUGAUCAGAUCCCAAAUAUAUCUCGCUUCAACUGUAAAUCUUUCUCAGAGAUUUCAAUGCAAUCUAAUGUGGAUAACGUAUUCUUUGAUAUUAUUGGUGAAAUUGUUGGUAUGAGUCAGAUUAGUGAGAAAGAUUGUUCCGGACAGAAGUCAAAGCUAUUGGAUAUUCAGCAAAGAGAUCUAAGUGACACUAUCAUGGAGUGUACUUUAUGGGAGAAUCACGCUGAAGAUGUACAUUCUUAUGUUACCAAAAAAGCUGCAGGUCCUAUAAUAUUACUUGGGAGUCUUAUGAGAAUCAAAAAAUUUAAUGGUAAAGUAUCUGUUCAAAAUUCUAGAUUCUCUACAAAGUUGUUUCUUGAUGGAGACCUAUCUGAGGUUGCUGAAUUUAAAAUGCAGCUGCGCAAUAGGAACUCAGAUGAUGUUUUUAAAGUUUAUCAUCUCAUGACAUCUGAUUUGAGCAACAAAGUUGAAGAUUCUUUCCCAUUAAGUAGCUGGGAAUCUAUUGAUCAGAUUACUAAAAAUUCUCAGGAAAAUACUUGCGUUACUUUUGCAACAAUUUUGGAAUUUCGAAAAGACAAGGAAUGGUACUAUGUUGGAUGCACACAGUGUUUCAAGAGGGUCAUGCCCUUUUUUAAUCUAGAAACAGAAGCAGUUGACCUCAACAAGUAUUCAUGCGAUCAUUGCAACAAGGACGAAACUUCAACAAGUAUAAGCUCAUGUAUAAAAGAGAGAGAGAGAGAACGGUGAUGAAAGGAAAGAGGUAUGGCGAAAUAACGGUGGCGAAAGAGAGAGGAAGGUAUGGGCGGCGCUGGCUCACAUCGCAAUUAGGUGGCAUAGUAUCUUUCCUUUUUCUGAAUUUUUUGUUUUAACUCAUCUCCUUUCCUUUUAUUUAUUUUACAGUAAAACCAAACGAGUUUUCCUAAAAAACAAACUCUAAAAAAUACACUGGAAAAAUUAAUUCCUAUAGUUCAAAUAAUAAGUGUAGUAUUUUUUAA